AUGAAAUUUCCUGUGCCACUUUUGUUUCUACUGCAGCUGUUCUUUAUUAUUGCAACACAAGGAGAUGAGAGUGGAAAUGGUGAUGAAAGUGAUACUGCUUAUGGAUGCGAUAUCACUAGCAAUGCUUUUGACGGAUUUGAUGCUACCAUCUAUGAGUACAAUGCAAAUGAUUUGAAACUUAUACGCGACCCAGUUUUUAUGAGUACUGGGUACCUGGGACGCAACGUACUGAAUAAAAUAUCUGGGGUUACUGUUCCUGGGUUUAACAUCUGGAAUCCACGUUCUAGGACUGCAACGGUAUAUGGGGUCCAGAACGUAAACUAUUAUAACAUGGUCCUUGAAUUAAAAGGCUAUUUCAAAGCUGCUGUUUCAGGAGACUACAAACUAACAUUGAGCAACAUUGAUGAUAGUUCGAUGCUUUUCUUUGGGAAAAAUACUGCCUUUCAAUGUUGUGAUACAGGCUCAAUUCCCGUGGAUCAAGCACCAACAGACUAUUCGCUGUUUACUAUCAAACCAUCCAAUCAGGUAAACUCUGAGGUGAUUUCAUCCACGCAGUACUUAGAGGCUGGAAAGUACUAUCCUGUAAGAAUCGUCUUUGUAAAUGCUUUGGAACGAGCGCUUUUCAAUUUCAAGCUUACAAUUCCAAGCGGAACAGUAUUGGAUGACUUUCAAGAUUACAUCUACCAAUUUGGAGCGCUAGAUGAAAACUCCUGUUACGAAACAACUGUUUCAAAAAUUACAGAAUGGACAACGUAUACUACGCCAUGGACUGGAACAUUCGAAACAACAAGAACAAUCACUCCAACAGGAACAGAAGGAACAGUUGUGAUCGAGACUCCAGAGAGUUACGUGACUACCACCCAACCAUGGACGGGUACUUACGAGACCACUUACACUGUCCCACCCACCGGCACUGAGCCAGGCACCGUCAUUAUUGAGACUCCGGAGAUUAUCGAUUGUGAAGCUGUUUGCUGUGGACCAUUUCUAACAGCAUUCUCGUUCAGAAAAAGAGAAGAGUGCCAGUGUGAGAACAUUUGCUGUCCAGGAGAUACAAACUGUGAAACAUAUGUAACCACAACCCAACCAUGGACCGGUACUUAUGAGACUACUUACACCGUCCCACCCACCGGCACUGAACCAGGCACCGUCAUUAUUGAGACUCCGGAGAGUUAUGUAACCACAACCCAACCAUGGACCGGUACUUACGAGACCACUUAUACCGUCCCACCCACCGGCACUGAGCCAGGCACCGUCAUUAUUGAGACUCCAGAGAGUUACGUGACUACCACCCAGCCAUGGACCGGUACUUACGAGACCACUUACAGUGUCCCACCAAGUGGCACUGAGCCAGGUACUGUUGUGAUCGAGACUCCAGAGAGUUAUGUGACUACCACCCAGCCAUGGACGGGUACUUACGAGACCACUUACAGUGUCCCACCAAGUGGCACUGAGCCAGGCACCGUUGUCAUUGAGACUCCUGAGGCGUCCACUGCCCGCACAAAGUUUACCACGGUUACAUCUUCUUGGACUGGGGUAUUCACAACUACCAAGACUCUACCAGCUUCUGGUACCGAGCCAGCGACCAUAGUAAUUCAGACCCCAACUGGAUACUUCAAUACUUCAAGCUUAGUAUCCACGAGAACAAAAACUAAUGUGGACACUGUUACGCGUGUUAUCCCAUGUCCUAUUUGUACGGCACCUAAAACAAUUACAGUUGUUCCUGAAGAACCAAACGAAAGUGUGAGUGUCAUUAUUUCACAACCUCAAAGUUCCUCAACCGAUACAACUUUAUCCAAGCCUGAUAGUGUGAGAGUCAUUUCCCAGCCCGAAACUGCUUCUCAAAUGGAUACUUCUUUAUCCAAGACAGACAGUGCAGUAAUUUCUACCGAGACAGCCGGAAAUAAUAUUAUUCCUCUUGCAGGUAGUCAUAGCUACAACACGAUUGUGACUACAGUUACUGACUCACCUCAAGUUGCUCAGAGCACUACUGCUACAAGCAGCUCUAAUGUUCAUCUUACUAUUAGCACCCAAACAACAACGCCCAGUUUGGUGUAUUCCAGCUCACUUUCAACUGUUCACCAAGUCUCACCUUCAAAUGGAGGGUUCCGGUCAAGUAUAACAGUGCACCCUCUAUUGAGUGUGAUUGGUGCCAUCUUUGGUGCCCUGUUCAUGUAA